AUGGUCAGUAAAGGGUGUCUCGCCUAUUUGGCUCACAUCAUUAAUCCAGAAUCAGAACCACCAGCUCUUCAGUCUGUGCCAGUUGUUAGAAAAUUUCUAGAAGUUUUCCCAGAUAACCUUCCCGGACUUCCUCCUGAAAGAAUUAUAGACUUUGGCAUUGAUCUCAUACCAGGCACUCAGCCCAUAUCUAUACCUCAUUAUAGGAUGGCUCCAGCAGAAUCUAAUGAGUUGAUAGAACAGUUGAAAAACUUUCUUGACAAGGGCUUCAUCAGAAGGUUUGUAGAGGGGGUUUCUUCACUUGCAGCUCCAUUAAUUAAGUUGACCCAGAAAGCAGUUAAGUUCCAGUGGUCAGAUGCUUAUGAGCAGAGUUUUCAAGAGUUAAAGAAGAGGUUGACCACUGCACCUGUAUUAACCUUGCCGACAGGUUCGGGUGGUUUCACAGUGUAUUGUGAUGCUUCCAGAGUUGGUCUUAGUUGUGUUCUUAUGCAAAAUAGAAAAGUUAUUGCUUAUGCUUCCAGGCAGUUGAAGAAUUAUGAAAAGAACUAUCUCACACAUGACUUGGAACUUGCAGCAGUGGUAUAUGCCGGGAAUCCCAAGGGAUAUCGCCAUACACAGGCUGAAUGUCGACCCUCUUUACCCGCUAGUACGACAAAUGAGGAGAAGGUUCAAUGCCGCAAUCAACGAGGCAGUCAGCAAAGAAGUUGA